GCGAGCGUGGCUGGGAGCGUGUAGUGUACUGUGUGCUCCCGUGUGGGUCGCGCCCUUCUACGUGCGAUGUUUUCGACGGUGUUUACGUGUGUCAUCUCAUCUGAGUCCUAGUGUGUGUGUGUGGUUGUGACGGCGUGUGGAUAGUGCGUACUUACGAUCGCUAUGGAAGCCUUCAAUGACUUGCAGCGCCACUGGGCUAAGCGAUUUCCCCACUCGAAACUUUCGCUGAUAUGGGAAGAGGACCUACGCACCCUGUUGUCGACGCACAGGCAGCGCGUCGCUCAACUCCGAGAGGAACUCGAGCAAGAGGAGUUUCUGGUGCAGUAUUUUGAAAGGUACCUGUCGGAUGCUGAACGUGUCAAGCGAUCGUCGUCGCGAGACAACACCGGCGACAGAAAAGCCGGGUCUACAAAUGGCGACAGCCCGCGUAACAGCAACGGCGUCGGAACUUCAAACGGAUUGCCCGAGGCGGCGGCCGGCGUUACGUCAUCGACAUGCGAAAAAGCGGCAAGCUUGAAGCGCGACAAAGCUGCCAGCAGUGCGGAAAGUCAGUCAGCGCCCGUUAACGGCACUACCGAUGAGCACGGAAAGCCGUAUGUGACCGUGAUCGCCGUGAGUGGGUUUACGCGCUCGGCCAGCUCCGAGAGAAGCGGCUCCUCCGCAGCGGCUGCGUCCACCGGCUCUACAGCAACUACGCAGGCUGCCGCUGAAACGCAGGAGCUGAGACGCCGGAGGAAGCCACCGACGCCGCCUCCUAAACGUGCCAAGUGGCCGCCGCCUUCCGCCGUUACACAGCUGGCACAAAACGACGCGGCAGCGACAUCGGACACUGCCGAGCCCGUCGCUGCCACCGUGCCACCGUCAAAUGAUGGCCCGAGCCAAAGCGAACCCGCUGCUUCCAGGGCUCAAAGCGACGUUCCGCCUGCGUUCAGUACUUUCCGACCGGCCAGCCAGCUAGCUAGCGCUCCGUCCCAUCCGCCGCCAGCCAGACCACACGGAUACCCGCAGCCCCUGCGCGAGGCACCUCCUCCGCCCACCGCGCCGGUAAUCGAGUCGACGGACGACCAAGAUGGAUACGACGUCAUCUACGACACAGUGGCCCUGGACGACGAAGUGUGCUCGUCCAAGGGCGCCGACGAAGAGGACCAAGGUUCGAGUCCCGAGCCGGAUUACGUGGAGUUCGGCAAGCUGGAGAGGCCGCGCGCCGUGAGGAGCGCCUCCGACGACGCUGGAGGAGGCAGCGUGCCCAGUCCCGUCGCGUCGUCGUCCGCGACGUACGAGAACAUGGCGCUGCUCGUGAAGGCCUCGGAGUCAAUGGACUCGGAGGAGGACGACGCGGCGUCCAUGCUUCGCUCGAUGUCGAGCGACGCGGAGCUGGACCAGGACGCUGGCACCGCGACCACCGGGAGCGACCACAGUGGUAGCGGCGGCCGCAGCGCCGAUCUGCACCGGUGCAAAACUGAGGAGCAGCUUGACGUCGACUCCGGUGUGUACAGCAGCUCCGUGGAGUCUGCAUCCUUCCUCAGUACUGGCACGCCCCCAGCAAGGAAGAAGGGCUCCAGGGACAGUGAGCAAGAUGAGUCUGCCCAGGAGGCUUCCCCAUCGGAGGCAGAGAUGCUGACCAUGUGCAAGUGCAUCGUGAGCAGCAUCAUCGAAAGUGAAACGGCAUACGUGGACUGCCUCGACACCCUUAAUCAGUACGCUCGUGCCCUGACCAGCGCCAUCGGAACGAACCAGUCAGUGUUGUCCAAGGAGGAGAUCGACACUAUCUUCUACAAGAUUGAGCAGCUCCAUGAGACGCACAAGAACUUCCGGGAUGGCCUGCGCAGGAACUGCGAGAACUGGGAUGCCAAGCCAACAAUCGGCGAGAAUUUUAAGUUCCUGGCAAGUCGCCUUGAAGUUUACAAGCUGUUCUUGGAGAACUAUUCCAAGGCCAUUGAGACUGUGCGGCACUGUAACGCAUCAAACUUGAAGUUUGAGGAGCUGUUCAAGAACAUCAAGUUAAACACAUCAAAAGGACAGCCAGCAACACUAGAAGAUUUGCUCCACAAGCCAGUGGCGAGGGUGCAGAAAAAUGCACUGGUGCUUCAUGACCUUCUUCACUACAUACCUAGCAGCCAUCAUGACUACAACAACCUCAGGGCAGCGCUAAAGCUCACGCAGCGGUUCCUGAAUGAACUCAAGCUCAACUCACCAGAAAGCAUGUUCCCGCAUCAAGACAGGGCUCCUAGGCAUGUCGUGAAAAACAGCUUUAUUGUGGAAUACUCCGAGGGACACCGGAAGCUCAGGCACCUUUUCCUCUUCAAUGACGUCAUUGUCUGCGCCAAGUACAAACCUUCCAGCAGGCAAAAGUUUACUUUUGAGGUCAAGUGGUACAUCCCUCUUAGCCUUGUUACCCUCAUUGAUGCCACUGGAGAAAUGGAGCCCAUCAGGGAAGACAACAAGGUGAAUGUAUGCCAACUGCGGUCACGAACGAGCACAUUGAGAGAUGCUGUUGCAAAGGAAGAGAGAGACAAUGCUAAGCUUGGAAAGCCACCAGGUCGUAACUUGGAACGAAAUCGAAAGAAACUCAGCGAACUAGAGGCACAAUUGGUUCUGCAUUCUCCAAACCUGCCAUUUAAGAUUGGCUUCAAGAACACCAAAACGUACAACUUCUUCCUCUCGUCAGAGUUUGAGCGAUCCCAGUGGAUUGAGGCCAUCAACCACCUGCACAUGACAGCCCCGCAGGUUGUCACAACACCCAGCAUUCUCGAACUGCAGAGCUGCAUCACAUCAGCGAGAGGGUGCAUGGGAACCAACAUGGGAUCUUUCCUGACGAGAACAGCCAAAGAUGAGGACCUGCUGUUUGGCGACCUUCUCAUCACUGUCCACAACUUGCAGGGGCUCACAACGCCUUCAGACAUUUACAUUUGCUUUGAAGUAGACUCCUAUGGGCAUUUCUUCAAGAAAGCCAAAACGAAAAUAUGCCAGAACACAAUGGAACCAAACUUCAACCAGGAAGUUGUUAUUGAUCUGGAUGGAUCACAAACACUCCGAAUACUUUGCUACGAGGAGCAAAUUAAGAAUGGCACAACCAUGACUGAGCUGCGGGGAAAGGCUGCCUUUGAGAUGAGUCGUUCCUGGCUCACGGACAAGUACCAGGAGAAGUCGUUCAGUCUGCAGGACUUCACACUCAACCUCAGCAUAAAGUACAACUCUUCAGAUGUUGGUCUGCAGAGGGUUCCGUCAUGUAAACCCGUUGGAUCUUUUGGAGUAAAGGUGCAACAGGUUUGCAAGAAGGAAAAGAGUGCAGUGCCGUUCGUGAUCACCACAUGUGUCCGGGAGGUUGAGCGUCGAGGUAUCAACGAAGUGGGGCUCUACAGAGUGUCUGGCUCUGCAUCAGACCUUCAGAGGUUGAAGAGGACAUUUGAAAAUGAUCCCUACGAAGCUGAGCAACUACUCAAAGAGGUGGACAUCAACAAUGUCACAGGUUUAUUGAAGCUAUACUUGCGAGAGCUUCCAGAGGCCCUCUUCACCGAUGCUCUCUAUCCAAAGUUCUUCGAAGCAUUUAGUAAACAUGACCAAGAAGAAAAGAAAAACAUGCUCCUGAGCCUCUUCAGCAAACUUCCAGAAGUAAACCAAAAUGUCACAGUGUUCCUGAUCGAUCACAUGGUGAAGAUCAACUCCAACGAAGCACAGAACAAGAUGUCCCUUCACAAUUUGGCUACCGUGUUUGGGCCAUCCAUAAUCCGUCCCUGCAGUGGUGCGGUUGGCCAGAGCCCCAGCGACCUCCUCACCACCAGCACCGUCGAUGUCAUGGCACAGGCUGGUAUCCUCUACUUCUUCUUGCGGAGGAGGGCAGCGGGCCUCUCCCUCACCUUAGAGAGUCGAGACGCAUCUCCUACCGAAGCAUGAAGAAGUGUGAAGUGUGUGUGUGCAUUGUUUCCCUAGCAUUCUCUUGGCAAGCAAGAACAAUGAAAAGCCUGCUUGGCAAAAUGCAGCUAUGACCACGUCUGUGUUGACAACGAGCCGUCAAGGCAAAAGCCACAAACCUAGUUGCGUUUCACCAUAACGCUUUUGGGAACGUCAUCUGCUGUGAAGCUGUCGCGUAUUGAGCAAGCCUGUGUUGGUCAACUACAGAUUUUUUAUUUGUGUGUGUGCGUGUUUGUAUGUGUGCGUGCGUGCGAGGCUUUGUGUUUUAUAUAAAUGGUGGACACUUGGCAACUUGUACACUCAACUGAGAGUGCAUGGCAAUGGUGCGGUAUGCGCGCCUCUCCAAACAAUUGAAUACGGCCUUUUGACAAUGCACUUGCAAUGUGGUGCAUGUAAGUGAAGCACUGCAGCUCUGUACAACGCAGGUUUAAUCUACUUUACAGUCUGCAGCAGUGUUACUUGAGUGAAUAAGGCGAAUAGUUUAUUGAAGCUUCUUAAGGGAAACGAGGCACUUUAAAAAAAAAAAAGCAGGAGAAAAAGGAUCCACAGUGAAUGGUCCUUUAGUUGAAUCAAUGUGACUUGGUUGCCAGCCAGUGAAUAAUGUAUAGUUCUGCCGAUUCCCUAUACUUUGUACCCUAAGCACUCGCUGCAAUAUUUGGCCUACAGUGCUGAUUCUUCCUGAUAUAGCCUCCUUCUGGGGACCUGUCCUUGUACUGCUUUGUGGAGUUUUCUUUUUUUUUGUGACAUCACCACAUAAUCCCUUGGUGCCAUUCAAUCCAGCCACAUCAACCAGCAAUGGCUGCAACACAUCUGUACAUCUUUGCCAAAAAUUCCAAAGCCACUGCGCCAGUGACUAGAUCUGUUGUUGGGCCCCAUUAUAGGGUGCUCCGUAGCUGACCGGAGUUAUGAAUGCCAUUUGUCUCACUUCUUGUGGCUCUCAUUCAACCAGGGUUCUACAGAGAACCCAACAAGUGGCCGGACAACUGACCUAGUCACACAUGGAGUGCCUUUGAAACUUUUGACAAAGACACUACCUCUUCUAGCCUAGUGGUAGUGAAUUCUACAUGGCUAAAGUAAGGAAUUAGUGUGUUGUCACUGCAGUCAUCAUGGCAGUGGCUGUCCAGGCAUCUGCAGUGCCUAGUUUGAGCAGCAGCGUAGUGGCACAUAAGGCGAGCAAUUGUCUUUUUGCUUAAGUGCACAAAGUUUGCUGCUAUAACAAAGCACAUGUUACUGUGUGGCUGAACCAGCUUUACGGUGUGUCUAUUUACCUAGUCUACAAUUACUGUUGCUGUUACGUUGAAGUGACUGUGGGCCAACAGCUCUUACCUCUGUUUUAUGUACCUAACGUCCGAGCUCUCACUCACUUCGUUCAUGUUAUGUUUAAGCCAGAACUAUUGUGAUCUUUGUCAACCUGAGUGUAUUUCUGGCAUGCUUCUUAGGUUCUUUAUGAAACCAUCAUGUUACUGUUUUAAUUGUUCACUUAUUUCUUUCAUGCAUUUCAAACAGAUUGUCAGAAUUUGUGGACCACGGGCCUUUUUUUUAGAUUUCUUUACAGGACAAUCUGUGUUUUAUAAAUGUGCGAACUUUAUUAUAUUGUGUGACAGAACAUUUCAUUAAUGUCGUUUUACACAGGCCUGUUUUGUCAUUAGGUUUUCCAGUUCCUUUCAAGGAUGAGAUGUUUUUGCUGAAACGCUAUCUGCUCUGUUUUUUUGUUUGCCUCUGUCUUUUUGGUUCUCCCUUGCUCUGCAGAUUAUCACAGCUAAUUGGGAUAGCAUUCCAGUAGUGGGACAUCCAUGCUAUAAAAUUUCCUAGAUACAUUUAUGGAUCAGCCUCUAUGUUUACAUUUGUGCGAGUGUUUCCUAGGGUCAUUGCAUUGAUAGCUGAUGUGCGUAACUGACCAAAAUGUGGCUUGUCGACUUCCUUGCUCAUUUUAAACAGCACCAAAGCUACGCUUUUGUCUUUCUUAAUGUUCCAAGAACUACUGCCAACUUUUAGUAACUGCCUAGUGGAGUAUUAUUGCUCAGGCCAGGAGUGGUUCUUCCUACAAGAGGUUUUAUAUUACAAAGGUAAUUUCAGAUGACAGUGUGGUGUAGCUGAAUUAUGACUUUGAAGUGCGAUAAGUUUGGCUACACCUCACUGCACUUGCAGCAUCCCUUAUAACAAAUAUAAUGAUGCGCCGUUGUAUUUUUAUUGACAAACAGUAUUCAUGUGGUUUUUUUUUUCCAGUGGUAGUUCUUAUUUCGUUUUUAUUCUUUAGUUUUACGACUACUGCCAAAUAAUACCACCUUGGGUUAAGUAGGAUGGUGUGCUGUUUAUUGCUUUUAGCAUGUAAUCGCGCUGCUAUCCAAUGAAAUCAUUGUAUGCAUAACAGCACUAACUAUGUUGUGUGUGUGCCCUUUUGCUGUUUGUAAAUAACCGGUGUAGAGAGUUUUACACUGACUUUUUGUACAUUUGCAUGUCUGGCUUGCUCGAUGAUGUCUCAGGCAUCGUACCUUGUAUAUUUUUCUUUCACUUUUGUACUAGAAUUGCGCAGAUAGCAUGUUCUUGUAUGUUUACAAUGAUGAUGUCAUGAAAGCAGCAAUUACUGUGACAUGCUUAUGAAUGCACACUUGUUAUGUUUGGAUGUACUGCGUGUAUUAGUUUAAUCUGACUUUCAAGCACUCUUGUAUUAUAGUGCUCAGAAUGCGAGUUUGUAUUCAAUAUACUACUUUGGAACUGUUUACAUAUGGCCGUUCACAAGUGCUUCUGUCACAGAGACUACAUAAACAUCAACAGACUACUACAUAAAAAUGCCACAGAGUCGCGUCGCGUCUUCUUCAUUACCUAAGCAAAGGCAGUGGUAUGAAGGCCCUCGACAUUUUUAUGUCAGAUUAAAGGGUGUCGUGUGUCGCUUUAAUCUGCUGCCAGAUGUAUAAGCUGGAAUUUUUCUUAUAGUAAAUGCCAUUUAAUUUGUAGACGAAGUUACUGCACUUUGUUUCCAUGGCAACGAAUGAGCAAAUUUGUACUUGAAACAAGGCAUGGGCAUUUCAUUGAGGUAUGGACAUGUCCGCUUGGUUUAGUGUAUUAUGCUUUGAAGAACUUUUUCGGUAAAAUCUCCAUUCAAUUUUUUUUUUUAUUUGCAAGACCCAUUAAACGCAUAAAUCAAAUAGGUUUUUUUCUGUAUCUUUUUUUAAUUUCAACUAAGAACAGCGUGCCAUUCUGCACUGAGAAACAUCACUGCAGGUGUACCUUGCUUUUGAAGAACCAAGCGUGAAUAAAAAUCCUGUAGUAUGCUUUCACAUCAUAUCUUGGCCACCUUCAACAGCAUAGGCGGUGGUUUUGUUCAAUAUACAGGGCAUUCACAAGCAAGUUGCAUUGCAGCUUAGUUCAAUACAAUUUGACAGAGGUCAGUUAGCAGUGAAAGUGGUGAAUUACCUCCUUCAUUUACAGUUAGGGUGUAGAAUGAUAAUCUGUCGAAUUGGGCAGAUCAAUUGAGAGAAGUGAUUACGAGGGGGCCAGCAGUCACGAAUUUUAAGUUGGUGCUUGAGCCGUGCCUUUUCCGACAUAAAAACAAAAGCAAGAAAUAACACAAUGUGCCCUGCUUCCAGCUGUUCAGCUCGCAUGCAAGAAAAGCCAGCAAGGUUCUCAUGAUGCCAUGAUAUGAGAGCUUCUCCAGUGCAAACUGUACAGCAACAUUAGAAUUCAGUCACUUUCUGGAAUAGACAUUUAUUUACCUGUUGAAUGCACGAUGUGACCUUGCUCUCGCACAUAUGCUCAAGGUUUGUGCCUUGACUGCCAUCUCAAUGUUGUGAAAAUUUUUGGAAAUGUGCACACCUAAUUUAAACAGUAGUGUUAGAACUGUAGGGCAAGGCCGAGUGGUCACUUGUCACAAGUUACAAAAUUAUUAUGAACAGAAAAAUACAGUGUGGGAAUGCAAAUGAAGCACUGUGGACAUGACUACAGUUAUAAUGUCAGGUAGUGAAUGUUAGCUUAGAAGUAGUCAUAAAUCAUCAACCAUCACAACUAUUACGAGAGUGGACAAGCACUGAGUUAUGAGCAUAGUGCAAACAUGCGCACUCAGCCACAUUCUGAUGUGUUGAAAAACUUCAGUGCAACACAGAAAGGACACAUUGUGGGAAAAUUUGGCGAAUAGCAUUUUUCAACUAGAUUGCAGGAAUCCUAAUUGCAGAAAAGUAUGCAUAUAAGGAAGCAAUAACAGUUGACUGUUUUUAAUUGUGGCAUGUGGAAUAAGCUGGCUGCCAUAUACGAAAAUGAUUUCAUAAGCAAGAGAGGUUUAAGAAAUAAUAACCAGAGAGUAAUCACUCAGGUGAUUUGGAUCACUCUUGUAAUUCAACAUCAAGCAUGCUCUUUGUUAUUAGGAAUGAUGUAAGUAUAAGUGUGAAUACCUGUUUGCAUUAGGAAUGAUCUCCUAGUAAGCUUCUAGAUGACAGUUGGUACUUAUCACUUUUUUUCCUCAUCUUAUGUCCUGUCUGUGUUGCACUUAAGAUUUACCAUAUGUCUAGCCAGCUCUCCGACACUCAUACGCUUCUGCACUCUGGUGUCCUUGUGUGAUUAGAAUCAAGUAGAUUCUUUGUAGUAAUGUGAAUGGCCCUACUUCACUCUUUUAUUUGCCUUCAGUUUUCUCUUUGUAGGUUAAGCAUCAAAGUUGCGGGUCAUUUAAGGAACUCAUCACACAAGUACACAUGAUUGCUUUGUGUGACAAUUGGGCCGUAAUUCGGUACAUUCAAGUACAUGCAUUCAAGUACAUGCAAGUGCCUCAUGAGAAUGUCUCAUGAGAGUGCUUUGAAGAACAUUCUUCAGGGGACCACACUAGCUCCACGCUCACUUCAUUAACAGUUGAUCAUCACAUUUUAGGUUUUAUUUGAACCUUGCUGCAUUAUGUAGCUUUCAGGGACCAGAGUGCAAUUUUUAAACUGUGCUUUGCCUAAUGUCUUUUCUCUAAUAAAUUACAUUGUUGCCAGUGCAAGCCCAAUUUACACUAGUAACAGUACAGUUUGCAAAAGAAUUUGUAUCUUCAGGGCGUUUUUUUUGUGUUUUUUUGUAGGGAAGAUGUCGUAGUGUAGAGGAUAAGAGCAAAUGUUUCAGGAGUGCUUUUCUAAUUAAAUAUGUGCAGGGACAGAAACUGCUUGACUAUGGCCUGAUGUCUGAUACUAAUAUGAUGUGAAGCACCUCGUCUGUGAGGUUUUCAGUAUUUCAAACCUUGUGCAUUUCAUGCCAUCAUCCAUGACUAGUGUCCGCAAUGUAUAUGUCAAACUGGAAAAGCUGACUCAAAUCUGACACAGUGAGGUGGGCUGUAUUCCUUUACUUUAAAUUGACCUUCUUGCGAGUUCCACUUGCAACACCUCUGUUUGCAUCAGAGAUGCGGCAGCUCUGUGUGCUUGUGCUUAAUCGGACUUUAUUACUCUCUCUUAGAGGGCGCCACAUAAUCUAACCAUGUCCUGCCGCAGAAAGUGUUGUGCUGUAGUGAUCGUUUGUAAAUAGUUCUGACUGUGAAGCGUGCGGUGCGUACAUGAUGUGGUGAUGGGAGUUUUUGUACAUAUAUUCAUUAAUAAAGCCCAUGGACUGUU